CCUUGACAUUCACUGACGAAACAAAACAACUUUGUUCGGUGAUUUUAGUGGCUCAGAUUUGUUUUAACGCAUUUGUUAACCAGAAUUCUUUUAAGGACCAUGAAAUUCAGAAGAUGUAUAAACAACCAAAAAUUCAUAUAUUUUUUGGAGCCCCCAUUAUCACAACAGGACUUAAAUCUUCUGAACAAAACUCAUCUGUACAAGACAGCUCUACGAAAUGGGAAGAAUUCCAGUUUCUUUAUGAUAACAAUAGACCAUGUAGUUCCACUACAGAAAAGACCAAUGACUGUUAUGACGAUAAAAAUGUUAGAAUCAAAGAAGGGUGUUUUGUUCGCCAAUCUGUAAAUAGCGAUACCUGUCCGUCUAAGGGCACUUCAACAGUCAAGAGUCACAGACUAUCCUCUGCAUGUUAUAAUGAAGUGCUUUGUGACUCUCUAAGAGAGUAUUUGGAGGGCACAUUCUCUGCUGAACCACCCAAGUCCAGUCCUCCAUGUAGGCCAAGUAAGACAUCAAGAUCAGAGGUCUCAGCAGAAACUGAGUAUCUCUGUGUAAUGACUGCAAGCCAGACUGCUGUCCAAAUCCAAGGCCAAUGUAAUGUUCAAGCUCAUUCUGCAGAGACUGAAAACAAUAAGGAAGUCAGAGAUGAGGAUGUAACCCUGCACCAAAACAAGGAAACCUUUCCUUCUACCAAUUCAUUUGAGGGACUUCAAAGAUAG